AUAUUCAGAAGAGAAUUGCAGAGAACUGAGAAGGUACAUUUUCGUGAUAAAUUGCACAGGAACUUGGGAAACAGAGUCGGAGGAAAAAUAUUAUGAGCAUACCAAGUACAUUGUCUUCUUCUCAGCCAAUUGAUCCGAACACUGUCCGAAGUCGAGUUACGGAGCUCAGAAAUGUUGACGAAUAUUCCGAACUUGGGCCGGUGGAGGAGGAAAAGUUGCUGAACAACGUGGCGGUUGAGGUUGAGACCAAAAUUGAUUGGAUAUUUUCAGAGGGUUCUUCGAAUUUAAGCGCGUUACCCGAGGAAGACCUCAAUGAAAUUUUGGGACAAUUGAAGAAAGAGCUGGGCGAAAUAGAGGGUGAAAAUGCGGAUAUCGAAUGUGAAAUUGAGGAGCUUCAAAGGAGAUGUCUGGAAGAUUAUGAUAAGAUGGAGAGUGAGCUGGAGAAAUUAUGUUGUUCAUUGGAUUUUAUUGAGUCACAGAGACCUGAGAAAGCAACAAAUGAUAUGCAAAUAGAUGUCUCUUGCCUUGUGGAGGGUCAGGCAGACUUUUCAAAUGAACAUGGCGCCAAGUUUAAGAUGUUAGAACUGAGUCACCAGAUUGAGAAGAAGAAGGCAACUUUGAAGACAUUGCAGGACCUUGAUUCUUAUUUUAGAAGAUUUGAAGCCGUUGAGAAAAUUGAGGAUGCAUUGACAGGUGUCAAAGUAAUUGAAAUUGAUGGAAACAACAUCCGAUUGUCUUUGAAGACAUACAUUCCAUAUUUAGAGAGUGUACUGCGCCAGCAAGACAUAGAAAGUGUCAUUGAGCCGUUAGAAAUGAAUCAUGAAUUGAUAGUAGAGACUAUGGAUGGAACUUGGGAACUAAAGGAUGUUGAGAUUUUCCCAAAUGAUGUGUACAUUGGUGAAAUUAUUGAUGCUGCAAAAACUUUCAGGCAGCUUAAUCCUACAUCCAGAGCCAUGGUGACAAGGUCUUCUUUGGAGUGGUUUGUGAGAAGAGUGCAAAAUAGAAUCGCUCUUUCCUCGCUUAGACGAUUUGUUGUAAAGAACGCAAAUAAGUCAAGGCAUUCAUUUGAGUACCUAGAUAGAGAAGACGUAAUAGUAGCUCAUGUGGUGGGUGGGGUGGAUGCUUUCAUAAAGCUGCCUCAAGGUUGGCCAUUAUCAGAUCUGGCAUUGGAGCUAAUAUCGCUGAAGAGUACGAGCCAGUAUUCCAAAGAAAUUUCAUUGAGCUUCCUUUGCAAGAUUGUGGAAAUGGCAAACUCAUUAAAAAAACACUUACGUCAGAACAUCUCAAGCUUUGCCGACAGUAUUGAAGAGAUACUCAUGCAACAAAUGCGCGUAGAACUCCACCCAGAUACCACUGCAAAGUAACUACUAAAUUCCAAUUUGGAGGUUAUAGUGCCGUCGUUUAAGUGGUUGAAUCAAAGUUUUAGUAUAUUCUAUUAAGAGUAGAUACGCCAAAUAUCACUCGCUUAAAUUCGACCUGAAACAAUAUUACUUGGUAAGAUAUGACUCAUGUAAUUACGGCUUGAUCUCAGGUAGUGUUACUUACAUCA